AUGGCUGCCUUUCUCUUUGACACUGCGGGCUGUUCUCUUUCGUCAUCUGCGUCACUGUCCGAGGACGAUGACGAAGAAGACGAGGAUGAAGACGAGGAAGAGGAGGACGACGAGACUGAUCGCCGGCCGCCUUUGGUCUUGACAGCCUUUCCUGCUUUCUUCGUGGCUUUACUCGCACCUUUGCUGGAAUCUGUGCUCGAACUUGACGAUGAACUUGACGAACUCGUCGAGGAGCUGCUUGAUGAGCUGCUUGCAGACUUCGAAGACUCUGUGCUCUUCACGCUAGCGUUGUCGUCGCUAUCGGACCCGGACGAUGAAGAACUGCUCUCCGACGACUCGGAAUCCGGCAGAGGCACGUUGGCGGCCAGCAGUAGAGACUCUUAG